AGUAAAUACCUAUUAGACGUCAACAACAUGCAGAACCUUCUAAUCGCCACUAAGGCUUUGAAUUCUACAUACACUAAGAUUGAAGAAGAGAAGAAGGAAGAGAAGGCAGAAUCUCCGAUUAUUAUGAAGGAAUUUGUUAAACCAGUUGCACGGAGGUCUGUUACUAGUCCACCUUUGAGGCCUCAUAGCCCUCCUAUAAAGACACCACCCCCUGUAGCACCCAAGCCAAGAGUUAUGUCCCCACCUAUGAGAUCCCCAUCCCCUGUGGUCUUUACCCCUCCUGUAAGUCCAACAAUCAUUAAAAAGGUGUCUUCACCUGUGAAGAGAACCCCACCUCCUGUUAGCCCAAAACCAAUCAUGUCACCAACAUUAAAGUCAAAAUCUAGCCUCAAUUUCACUCCUAGUCCUAUGUCACCUGUCAACUGGAUAGAUCCACAGUUUAACUAUGAAAUAGAACUGGCCAAUCUGCUCCCACCCCCAUCUCCUAAAUCACGUACGAUGUGCACACAGACACCACCAGACGUCAAAAGCCCAUUGACGACAGAGGAGGUUGAUGCGAUAUGGCGAGGCAUGUUACGUGAUGACCGCUACACGCAGACAACUGUAACUACAAUACAGACAUACAGAUCCGUCUUGAAUAUCAAUCUGGAAAAACCUCCCCCUUUCACAUACUACGUCAGUGCUCUAUUGUACGUACCUCUACACAAACCAAUGAAAAUGUUUGUGAAACCUGUUCCAGGCAGUAAAAUCAAGGUUUACAGACAAUAACACAAAGCAACAUAUAAACUAUUUAUCAGAAAAUAUAUAUACACUAUCUAAAAAGAAAAUUGAGGUCUGUUCUGAACAAGUUUUACUGUGUAAUUAGUUCUAAAAUCUAACCAAUAUUUAAGAAAUUAAAAACACUUUCGAAGAUGACAUAAACAAAAGUUUACAUCUUAUUAUGUACAAUAUUAAAACUACAACACUUUCGAAUGGAAUGUUAAAAACACAGUACGACUUGUUCAGGCCACCUAUUUAUUUAUUAUUAUACAAUACUAU